AUCACCUGCAAAAAUUUUGGGGAAGUGUCAGUUUGUUUUGACAGUUUCUGUGUGUUGGGUGGUGUUCGCAUCGCUCGGAGGUUCCGUGGUUUCAAGUUCGCUGUCCAUAAAAUUACUUCCUGCUGAGAAAAUUCGGUGUUGUCAAGACUCGUUGUCUCGGAAUUAAAAUUAAAUGGCUUCACCCUCAGUUCCGACUCAAAUGCACGCGUAAUUUUAAGUUAAUCAAUCCAAGUCUUCCAUAAGAAUAUUCCCCCCCAGCAAAGUAGAAAUUCCAUGAGACUUUCCCCCGCGCGCGAGAGACGCAAUUAUGGAUGCAGCCAGACAGUUGGAGGCAAAUGAGCCGCUCCAAGGCGGUGUACUUUCGAGCGAUAGCGACGACGACGAUGACGACGAAUGCACUGUGUUCACUCCAGUGCCGUUGUCUCCGAGAACAACACGGUCCCGGAUGCAGAAGCAGAAGAAGUCACGGUGUCUGACCCUGCAGCGCCUCAUCUCAGGGACCCCGUUCCUGAACUACUUCCUGUCUGCCGCGGUUCUGCUGCUCAUUUUGGGCGUUAUCUACCUGUGCCGCGACUAUGCCAAGAUGCUGCUGUUCUGGAUCGAGCACCAGAACCCGUGGCUGAUAUUCUUUGCAUUUAUGCUGCUUUUCGUUAUUGUGAGCUUCCCGGUUGCUGUGGGGUACCUAGUGCUGAUGAUUACGAGCGGGUACCUGUUCGGAUGCUUGAAAGGAUUCGCGACGGUGGUGGUGGGAGCCAACCUGGGCGUAACAGUGGCUCACAACACGAUACGAUGCAUCCAGAAUAAACUUCCAGUUCAUAGGUUAAUAAAAAACGACACUGGUCGAGCGAUAUUACGUGUAAUAUCAGGACCACGAGCAUUUAAAAUUGUUUUAUUUACACGCCUAACGCCACUACCAUUCGGGUUACAAAAUACAAUUUUCGGGAUUAGUUCCGUUGAUGCCAAAAGCUACCAUCUGGGUACAUUACUAGGUUUACUACCAGCUCAAGCCAUUAAUGUUUAUUUAGGUUCAACACUGCGAUCAAUGCAUGACGUCCUCAAUGAUCACAAAACUGCAAUCACUGGCUAUAUUAUAUUUGCAGUUCAGGUUCUUAUAGGUGUGAUAUUGAUGGCCUGGGUAGUACAUAAAGCACGUCAUGAACUUUCUGUUGCAUUACUAUCAGAAUUCGAAGAUGGACAUAAAAUUAUUGUUGAUAUUUAGAAACGAUCUGAAUAAGCUAGCGUAUAAGAUCAUCUCUCUAUCUCCUAAGACGAAAGUAUCAAAUUAUGAAUAUUUACCCCGACAGUCCCGAUUCCUUGUUGAUAUUUUU